CGCCGCACGCCCAACAGUCGCUGGUCGCCGAUCGGACGUCAUACGUCGUAUAGUUGUUAGCAAAAGCUCCAUUACUUGCUUUCGCCAACUAUCGAUCGCCCCGUGGUGGCUAUCUGUAUCUUCGUUUUCUAAGAGGACGCUAAACGAUCCCGUAAUACAAAAUGCGUGAGUGUAUCUCAAUCCACGUUGGACAAGCCGGUGUACAGAUCGGUAAUGCCUGCUGGGAGCUGUACUGCCUGGAGCAUGGCAUCCAGCCGGACGGCCAGAUGCCGUCUGACAAGACUAUCGGAGGUGGGGACGACAGUUUCAACACCUUCUUCAGCGAGACUGGUGCCGGCAAGCACGUACCCAGGGCUGUCUUUAUCGAUUUGGAACCUACUGUAGUCGAUGAGGUUCGCACCGGAACUUACCGUCAGCUCUUCCACCCGGAACAAUUGAUCACCGGCAAGGAGGACGCGGCGAACAAUUACGCUCGCGGUCAUUACACGAUCGGUAAGGAGAUCGUUGACCUCGUGCUGGACCGCAUUCGCAAGCUCGCGGACCAAUGCACCGGUCUGCAGGGAUUCCUCAUCUUCCACUCGUUCGGUGGCGGCACCGGUUCGGGUUUCACCUCCCUAUUGAUGGAGCGUUUGUCCGUUGACUAUGGCAAGAAGUCGAAACUCGAAUUUGCAAUUUAUCCCGCACCACAGGUCUCCACCGCCGUGGUCGAACCGUACAAUUCUAUCUUGACGACGCACACCACCCUCGAACAUUCCGACUGCGCGUUUAUGGUCGACAACGAGGCGAUCUAUGACAUUUGUCGCCGCAACCUGGAUAUCGAAAGGCCAACCUAUACAAAUCUUAAUCGCCUGAUCGGCCAGAUCGUGUCGUCUAUCACGGCCUCUCUACGGUUCGAUGGAGCCCUGAAUGUUGAUCUGACGGAAUUCCAGACCAACUUGGUGCCCUAUCCGAGAAUCCACUUCCCCCUAGUGACGUACGCGCCCGUUAUCUCGGCCGAGAAGGCCUAUCACGAGCAGCUCUCCGUCUCGGAGAUUACAAACGCCUGCUUCGAGCCAGCUAAUCAGAUGGUCAAGUGCGACCCUCGUCAUGGCAAGUACAUGGCUUGCUGUAUGCUCUAUCGUGGCGACGUCGUACCCAAGGACGUCAACGCGGCAAUCGCUACCAUCAAGACAAAGCGCACCAUUCAGUUCGUCGAUUGGUGCCCUACCGGUUUCAAAGUCGGCAUUAACUAUCAGCCGCCGACCGUCGUGCCUGGCGGCGACCUCGCCAAGGUCCAGCGCGCCGUCUGUAUGCUGUCCAACACCACUGCCAUCGCCGAGGCCUGGGCCCGUCUGGAUCACAAGUUCGAUCUGAUGUACGCCAAGCGUGCGUUCGUCCAUUGGUACGUCGGCGAGGGUAUGGAAGAAGGAGAGUUCUCAGAGGCGCGCGAGGAUCUCGCCGCGCUCGAGAAAGAUUACGAGGAGGUCGGAAUGGAUUCUGCGGAAGGCGAGGGCGAAGAGGGCGCCGAGGAGUACUAAAGUGCUAUCGUCGCUCGGCCUUCUGUUUCACGGCUUUGAAAUAUCUUCAUGUGUUUUGAAAUAAAGUAACUGAAUUCAUUUGCAACACAAA